AUGUCUUUGAUGAAGGUGGUAUCUGCCAAGCUGGCAGCUGAAAUUGACCAAGAAUUAAUGGGACCACAAGUUGGCUUCACAUUGCAACAACUAAUGGAGCUCGCUGGAUUUAGCGUCGCUCAGGGAAUAUAUCGUGAGUUUCCUCCCAACAAAAGCAGUGCUAACAAAAAUGUGUUAAUCAUUGCAGGCCCAGGCAACAAUGGUGGCGAUGGUCUCGUAUGUGCUAGACACCUAAAAUUGUUUGGAUAUCACCCCGUCGUGUAUUACCCAAAGAGAGGCAAGAAGAACGAGUUUUACAAGCAGCUCGUGGACCAGCUAAACUUUUUCAAGGUUCCAGUUCUGCCAGAAGAUAUCGGGCCUGAUAAAUGGCUGGAUUACGCGAAACCAGAGUCUACGCUAUGUAUCGUAGAUGCCAUUUUUGGCUUCAGUUUCAAACCACCAAUGCGUGAACCGUUCGAGAGCAUUAUUGACCAACUGUACGAACUUCAGAAUAAAAUUCCCGUUGUAUCUGUUGACGUGCCAUCCGGUUGGGACGUCGAUGAAGGACCACUUUCCGAUAUGUCACUGAACCCAGCUAUGUUAGUGUCCCUCACAGUCCCUAAACCAGCCAGCACACACUUGAAACCGAGUGCAUCCCACUACGUCGGUGGUAGAUUUAUUCCGCCUGAAUUUGCAAAAAAGUUCAAGUUUGAUACUUUCGAGUACAAGUCUACCGACCAAGUGCUCAAGCUCUAA